AAAACUAGCUGUUGAACUAGAUGAACAAUCAUUGACAUAUUGUGAACUAUUACAUUAUGUUCAAGUGUUAUCUUUAACUCUUCUCAAUAAAUAUCUUGUUGCUCCAGGUGAAAUAGUUUGUCAAUGUGUUGAGCGAAGUUUGUCCAUGGUGAUUGGUAUUAUGGGAAUCGAGAUGACUGGUAGUGUUUAUUGUCCAUUAUCAUCUCGAGAUCCACAACAUCGUUUACAUGCUCUCAUACAACAAACACAAAGUCGUCUAGUCCUUGUUCAUCAUUUAACUAAGAUCAAAUUCGAUGAUGAUAUAGUUUCACUUAAUAUUGAUUCAGUAUUAAAUAUUAAUGAUAUAGAUAAGAAGGAUCUUUCAAGUGCGGUAAUGAAAGAUGAAGAGAUAGCCUAUAUUAUUUUCACUAGUGGUUCAACUGGAACACCCAAAGCGGUUCAAGUUCGACAUAAGAACUUUAUUGAUUGUAUACAUUCUUUGGCUUAUAUUAACUCAUUUAAUAAAGAUGAUACAGUUGUACAGAUGACACGAUGUUCAUUUGACAUUCAUGUUCAAGAAAUAUUUGGUACAUUGUUGAUUGGAGGCACGUUGAUUAUGCUUCAUCCAGGUGGAACUAUUGAUUUCAAUUUGCUUAUCUGGCGUAUUUUUAUUGUUGUAGGUGAACCUUUUUCUGUUCCUUUAAUUGAUUUGAUUGUGAAAAUCGGCGUAAUCAACUAUGUUGUAUGGAAUUUGUAUGGUCCAGCUGAAACAACGAUAGAUUGUACAGUUUAUAGUGUGAACGUCAAAAAUGAUACGCAGAGCAUUUCAAUUGGUAGACCACUUUCUAAUUACCGAUGUAUAAUUAUGAAUCAAUACUUACAAUCAUCUGUUACCAAUCAAGAAGGAGAGUUGUUUGUAGGAGGAGUAGGUGUUUUUGCUAGUUAUCUUGGUCGUGAUGAUCUAACUGCAAAAGCUCUUGUUCAAAUAGAUGGUCAACUAUUUUAUCAAACAGGUGAUCUUGUUAGAAUGGAUGGUAAUGGUCUCCUUCAUUAUCAAGGAAGAAAAGAUUAUCAGGUGAAACUACAUGGACAACGAAUUGAACUUGGAGAAAUCGAACGAUGUUUGCUCAACAUUACAUCCAUCUCUGCUUGUGUUGUUAUGAAAUGGAAUGAUGAUUAUUUAGUUGCUUAUGUUCAAUCUUCUUCUCAUAACAAUGAAGAAGAACUACGGCAACAUUGUCAGUCUCAUCUUUCACCACAUAUGAUUCCAUCCAUAUUCAUUAUACUUGAUAAACUACCAUUGAAUCAAAACGGAAAAGUGGAUCAAAAGCAACUCCCUCCUCCCGGCUUUUCUCUAUCGACAUCGUUAUCGUCCAAUAAAUCUGAUACUCCUCUUAAUCAGUUCGAAAAACGUAUACACACUAUUUGGUGUCACGUUCUUCAUUCUAAUCAAAAUAACAUUUCUAGAAUUAUCAGUUUUUUUAGUGUUGGUGGUCAUUCACUUUUAUUUAUUGAACUUUAUCAUCAUUAUCAAUCAGUAUUUAACUUUGAUACUCAUACAAUGUCGAUUGCUCCAUUUCUUCAACAACCAACUAUAUUUCAACAUUCACAAUUACUUCAAACAGUUAUAAUGAAUAAUAUCAAGACAACACAAUGGUGCACAUUACAUAUAAGUGAAGGUAUUGCCUCUUUUGCUCAAGAGCGUAUCUUUCUCGAUGGACAAGUUCGUUUUUCGAGUGAUAUUGCUAUCUAUAAUGAAUUGUUCACGUUACAAAUUGUUCAAGGUUCAUUAUCACUCAAUCGUUUAUUACAAGCAUUUCGAUGUGUUUUGAAUAAACAUAAAGUAUUACGAACAUCUCUUCUUUUUAACGAUGAUGACGGUAUUUUGAAACAAUGCAUCUCACAUAUACAUAAAACAUUCACAAUAACUAUGAAUCAAACAUUUGAAAAUGAUAAUGAAGUUCGAGAUAUUAUCUAUCAAAGAACUAUUGAUCCUAAUCUCUUCGAUUUAUCAAUUGGUCGUGUUUUUCAUGCUGAAAUUCUGAAACAUGAAGUAUCAUUAAAUGCAAGUGAAAAUAAUAGCAAUGGAUUCAUAAUGAAUUCUGAUAUUCUCCUCAUUGCUUUUCAUCAUGCAGCAUUUGAUCGAUCAAGUCUAUCGAUCUUUUUCAAUGAUCUAUGUUUCGCUUAUAAUACUAAUGCAAUAUCAAUAGAAGAUGAUGAUGAAUCAUUGCAAUAUAUUGAUUAUAGUAUACAUGAACGUCUACUUGAUAUGACAACAUCUCGUGAAUUUUGGUAUUUACAAUUAGAAGAAUACAAUUUGGAAUAUCGACUGUUAUUACCAGCUGAUCGACAUCGUUUGUCGAAUGAUCAUCGAUCGAGUUCUGCUUGUGUCACUCAAAUUUCUUUUGACAACGAGAUUUCACAAUCAUUUCUUGAUUAUGCUUCUAUACAUCAUGCGACACCAUUUCAGUUAGGUCUGAGUGUAUUAUAUGCUUUUCUUUUCAAGUUAAGUCAUGGUGAAAAUGAUUUAUGUAUUUCGUGUCUUAAUGCUAAUCGAUACAGAACUGAAGUGCAGGAUAUAAUGGGAAUGUUUGUUUCGACAUUACCAUAUCGUACUCAACUGGACCCUUAUUGUUCAUUUGAUGAGCUUGUUAAAUAUGUACGCGAGAAAUGUUUAUCAAUUCUUGAACAUGCACAUUAUCCACUUCAAAAUAUUCUUGCUAAUUUACAUAUUGAUCAACCAAGUAUUUCAUUUCUUGAAGCAAUGUAUGACUUUAUAACUGUAUCGUCACAGAGCGAUGAAGUGUCUUUAGAAGGAGCAAGUUUCAAGCAAGUGUCAUCUGAACGAUCGUAUGAAGUGGCUAAGUUUGAUUUUAUGUUAACAUUUAUCUAUAAUCCAGUGUUGGAAAAUAAUAGAUUAUCAUGUCGUUUAACUUGUUCAUAUGAUUUGUUUGAUGAAACUACAGUUAAAAAUAUCGGUCGAAGAUUAGAAUAUUGUUUUCAACAACUUUUUUCAUCGAAUGAAACUAUCAACCAGAUUAAUACAGGUUUUACAUUUAUGUCGAAAAUUGAUCUUAUUCUACCAGAAGAAACUCAAGAAAUGGAAGAUACUGCCUUUUGUCGACAAUCACAUAUAAUAAACGAAGGUAUGUUUAUCUAG